GCAGGGGGCGGUGGCCACUGCAGAGCAGUCUGCCUGGCUGAGGACGGCUGCUGCCUGCCCUGGCUGGCUGAGACAGCCGCAGGGCCAGCCGGGGAGGAGCCGGGAUCGGCUACUUGGUGUCUGCUGUCCUGUGGACGCCGGCCUGGGAGCUGCCUCUGAGGAUUCAUGCAGAGGCCAGCCUGGCAUGCUCAGCCUUCGGCCCUGAGGCCACUGCUGGUCAUGGAGGAUCCAGCGGAGGUGGCCGCUGAGGUCCCUUCCUCGAUGAGGAUGGUGCCUACAGGGGCGUCUGGUGGUAGUGGCGGCGACGAGGUCCAGAGACUGGCCGUGAGGUCGUCGGUCGGCUGGGAGGGAGCAGGACCGCAGGAGGCCGAGGCUUCUGGCAGAGGCGGUGCUGCUCUGCCCCCUGGCACGUCUCGGCGGGCCUCUGGGACCCCUCCCGGCCAGAUGGGCGCGUACCCCACAGACCUGACCUUGCAGCUGCUGGCUGUGCGGAGGAAGAGCAGGCUGCCGGACCCCCACCUGCAGCAGGCCCUGCGGGACCGGCUUCGCCUGCUGGAGAACGACAGCUGGGAGGUGGCCCGCGCUCUGGGGGAGUUAUCGGCCAGGCUGCUGUCUAUCCACAGUGACCAGGACAGGAUUGUGGUGACCUUUAAGACUUUCGAAGAAAUCUGGAAGUUUUCCACCUACCACGCUCUUGGCUUCACUCAUCAUUGUCUGGAAAACCUGCUUGUGGACCAGGCCUUCUGGCUGCUGUCACCGGCUGAGGACGAGGAGACGGCCAUCCAAGUCCACGUGGAUGAGGAGGCCUUGAGGCUGACACAUGAGAGCCUCCUCAUCCAGGAAGGGCCUUUCUUUGUCCUGUGUGCUGACCACCAUGUGCGAGCAACAACUGUUCCCUGGGGUGCAGAGAGGGGCCCCCAGCCCCUGAGGCGGGCUUCAGGGGGUCCCCAGGGAGAGGCAACCCCAGCAGUGGACUUUUCGGCCCACCACCUCAGCACAUCCUCCAAGGAGUUGGCAGCGGUAGCCACUCCAGAAACUUUGAUUCCGUUUCAUCAAUGGGCUCUUAGGGCUCCCUGGGACCCCUUUGAUGACUCUACAGAUAGACCUAGGACGCCGGACAUCCAGCUGAUGGCCGUGGGCCUGGCUUCGGCAGUGGCAGACUACCAGGGCUCCGGGCCUGAAGAGCUGACCUUCCAAAGCGGCGACCUCAUCGAGAUACUCGGGGCCCAGGUGCCCGGCCUGCCCUGGUUCCUGGGCCGGCACAUGGCCUCGGGCCAGGUCGGGUUUGUGCAGACGAGUCUCGUCAGUGUGCAGGGCCACGCGUCUGAGUUGGAAAAUGUGAUAUUUCUCAAUGAGGAAGAAAGAUCUUUCUUCAGCAAGGAAGGGUGCUUUUCUGAGGAGGACGCCAGACAGUUACUGAGAAGGAUAUCCGGCGCAGACAUCUACACGGUGUACAGCUUGGACAGACUAGAAGAAGCUGAGAUUGAACCACAGGAAAAAAAAGACAUGCCUUUGCCUGGCCUGCACUCAGAGCCACGUGAGACCCUGCAGAAGGUGAAGAAUGUUCUAGAACAAUGCAAGCCCUGUCACGGCUGCCCUGAGGAGCCAGUGUCCUGGGGCCUCCACGCAGUGUCCAGUGGCACGAGCUCGCCGGGUGCCGAGGAGCCCUCCUUCUGCCUGGAUGCUGAGGACGACUGGUCUGACCCCCAGGCCCUGCACUCCCUGCUGCUGCUCCUGGACGCUCCCGAGUACAAGUCCUGCUUCCGCAGCCUAUACGACCUCUCCCCACCAGGGCUGAGUGCCAUGUUCUGUGGCUUCGCCGAUGAGGACGAGCUGGCCGGGCGCCUGGCACAGGCCCGGGGUGUGGCCAAGAGAGCUAGCCUUCCUGUGGCCCUGGCCAGGCUCUGCUUCGUCCUGGGGCGGCUGUGCGUGCGGAAGCUCAAGCUGUCCCAGGCCCGGGUGUACUUUGAGGAAGGCCUGGGAGCCCUGAGGGGCCACUUUGGCGACCUCUUCCUGGUGGUGGCCCUGUAUGCCAACCUGGCCACCAUCUACCUGAAGCAGAAGAACAGGGAGAAGUGCGGGCAGGUGGUGCCCAAAGCCUUCGCCCUGCUCCUGGGGACGCCCGGCCAAGUCUGCAGCACCGAGGGGGACGCAGAGCUCCUGAGGCUCGCUCUGCAGAGGGUCGUUGGCGGCCAGAGCCCGCAGGCUGAAGCCCGCGCUUGCUUCCUGCUGGCCAAGCACCACAUCCGCCUCAAGCAGCCCGAGGAGGCACUGCCUUUCCUGGAGAGGCUGUUGCUGCUGCACAGGGCCUUGGGGUCCCCGCACGCCCUGUGGCCCGCAGACUGCUACCUGCUGCUGGCGCACGUGUACAGCCAGAAGUGCCUGCCCCACCUGGCACUGAGCUGCAUCAGGGUGUCCUUGCUGCAGACCCGGGGCUCGCUGGCCAGCUUGCUCAGGAGCGUGGACCUGGUCCUGCGGAACGCCCCUCAGCCCCACCGUCCCCCUUCCCAGGUCGCUCCCUACCUUAGGCAGGCACUGGCCCCCCUGGCCCCAGGCACAGGGCAGGCCCUGCGUGGCCCCCUCUGUGCCAGCCUGGCCCAGCUGCACAGCCACCACGGGCAGCACGGCAUGGCCAUCUCCUUCAUGAUGCAGGCAGUGGAAGCCAGUGCCGAGACCGGUGGCCGCCUGGUCGUGGACUACCUGGUGGCCCUGGCCUGGUUGCACGUGCUUCAUGGGCAGAGCCCGGUGGCCCUGGACAUCCUGGAGUCUGUCCUGGACGCAGCAGUGGCCAGUGUGGACCAAGAGGGCGUGAUCGCAAAUAUGAUGGCCAUUGCCCUGAAGAGGACAGGCAGGACCCGACAGGCGGCCGAGGGCUACUACCGUGCCCUGCGAGUGGCCAGGGACCUGGGCCACCUCCAGAACCAGGCGGUGGUCCGGGCCAACUUUGGGACUCUGUGCCUGCAGGCCGGUGCCAGCGGCCUGGCCCAGCACUACCUCCUGGAGGCCGUGAAGCUCUUCUCUAGGCUGCCCAGCAGGGAGUGCGGCCAGGAUUUCACCCAGGUGCUCCUGCAGCUGGGUCACCUAUACACCCGCAAGGCCCUCACCCAGCAGGCCAAGUGCUACUACCAGUGGGCUUUUCUGGUCGCCGUGGAGACGGACCACUUAGAGAGCCAGCUGCAUGCUGUCCAGCAGCUGUGUCACUUCUACAGCACGGUCAAGCCCAAUGAGGCCCAAUGUGUCGUCUACCACGAGUUCCAGCUCUCGCUGGCCCGAAGGGUGGCCAACAAGGUGCUGGAGGGGCAGCUCCUGGAGACCAUCAGUCAACUCUACCUCUCCCUGGGCACCGAGCGGGCCUACAGGUCGGCGCUGGACUACACCAAGCGCAGUCUGGGCAUAUUCAUCGACCUGCAGAGGAAGGACAAGGAGGCGUGCGCUUGGCUGCAGGCCGGGAAGAUCUACUACAUCCUCCAGCAGAACGAGCUGGUGGACAUGUAUAUCCAGGUGGCACAGAACGCAGCGCUGUACACGGGGGACCCCAACCUGGGGCUGAGGCUGUUCGAGGCCGCCGGAGACAUCUUCUUCAAUGGGACCUGGGAGCGGAAGAAAGCCGUGUCCUUCUACCGGGACCGGGCGCUGCCCCUGGCUGUGACCACAGGGAACCAGGAGGCGGAGCUGAGACUCUGCAACAAGCUGGUGGCACUGCUGGAGGAACUGGAGACGCCACAGGAGGGCCUGGAGUUCGGCCACAUGGCCCUGGCACUCAGCAUCACCCUGGGGGACCGGCUGAACGAGCGAGUGGCCUACCACCGGCUGGCCGCCCUGCACCACCGGCUGGGCCACGGCGAGCUGGCCGAGCACUUCUACCUCAAGGCGCUGUCGCUCUGCACCUCGCCCCUGGAGUUCGACGAGGAGACCCUGUACUACGUGAAGGUGUACCUGGUGCUCGGGGACAUCAUCUUCUACGACCUGAAGGACCCAUUUGACGCAGCAGGCUACUACCAGCUGGCACUGGCGGCGGCCGUGGACCUGGGCAACAAGGAGGCACAGAUGAAAAUCUACACGCGCCUGGCCACCAUCUACCACAACUUCCUGCUGGACCGCGAGAAGUCCCUGUUCUUCUACCAGAAGGCCAGGACCUUCGCCGCCGAGCUCAACAUCCGCAGGGUCAACCUGGCCCCUCAGCGGUGCUGGGGGCGGGCAGCCUGGCUGGUGCCCGGCCACCCGUCCUGAGGGCCCGUCCUCCAGCGAGUGGGUCCCUGUCUGCCUGAGGGCCCUGUCCUCUCAGGACUGGGCCGUGCUGGCUCCUUUUCCUGGACACAGAGGCACGAAGGGAGGGACCGAGUAGCAAUAAGUGUGCUACAGGAGCCUCCUUGCGUCCGCGGCCCUCUUCCCUGUUAGCCUCCAGGGAGUGUCCCGGGGGCCACUCUGCUGCUGCACCCUGUCCGCAGGUAUGAGCAGGAAGGCUGUGAGUCCCACAGACGCAGGCCGGGUCCCCUGCCAGCCACUCACGGCGUGGCGUUGGGCAAGUCACGCCCCUCAAACCCCCGUUUCUUGCCUGUCUGCGGGAGAUGGUCGUGGAAUUCCCUGGGUGUCAUUUCCCUUCCCACAGUCCCCGCUGAGUGUCCAGCACUAUACUCGGCCUUUAAUCUUCAAACCGCCCUGCGACGUUGGGAUUGUUAUCAUCCCUGUUUACAGCUGAAGAAACGGAAGCACAGAGAGGUUAGGUGCCUUACCCACCAUCACACAGCAGGUAGGGAGGGCAGAGCUCCAGAGCUCAGCACAGGAAGCACCCUGCCAGCCUGCCAGCCUGCCUGGAGGGAUAGUGGAGUCCACUGCCGAGUGAGUGUAUUUAAAAGUUCAUCUGGGCCGCCUACCCCCGCCCUCCCCACCUGCUCCGCCUGCCCACCGUCCCGCAGCGACGAGCCAAGGGCCAGGAAGGAACCCAGGCAUCCCUCGUUGAAAUCCUCUCCCUGAUUUACUGGCAGGGAAACCAAGGCUCAGAGAGGUUGUGGGUGUCUUGGUUCUCACCCACCAGCACUAUUCCAAGCUCCUUUUUCUUUAUUUUGUUAAUGAGGUGAAAUUCACAUGACAUAAAAUUAAACAU